AUUUGCAGGAAGCUGUAAAAACAAUUUCAUCUACAAUUACGAUGUCUUUAUAUUUAAGUUAUAAUUUUAGUGAAUAUACAGAAUUGGUAUAAAUUUGUUUCCCUUUGAUACUUCUAUCAAAAUACAGUAUUGCCUGGUUAUUGCCAAUGUAAUUUAUAUCCCCAUACGUCAUUGUGAUAUGAUUAAUUUAUGUAAUCAGCAUACCUGACGUUGGUUUUGCUAUCGUGUUUACAGAGCCUUGAUGUUAUUUUUUUCGGCUAUUUUGUAUAUUCUGUCAAAUACUGUUUCAAUAGGUUUGUAUGUCGGACUAUUAGAUGCAGGUGCUGUAUAUCUAUUUCAACAUGUGAGGCUCGUACAUAUGCUUGAGACUCUUGUCUAUUUGUUGCGUGUGUGUUUGUAUACUUGCUGUAGUGGUUCUGUUUCAUUUAUUCUUGAUUUUAUAAAGUCAUUGCCAAAUUCACUAUGUAGCAGGCAUGUGGAAAGUUUGUUGAUUGUUUUAAUAACAAUGGAAGUCGCAGCGCAAAGUAGCAGCAAAUCGCAGGGUAACCAGAGAAAAGUAGUUAAAAAUAACGCGGAAGAUAAGCCAUGUGCAUCAUCAAGUUCGAAGAUUGACGUCAAAGUGCCUGAAUCUUUGAUAGACAGUGUUUUGAAACACAGUGUUCCGCUUCCUUCAGCCACACCGACUGUUCAAGGUUACGAUUUUAAUGAUGGUCUUGACUAUCAAAAAUUAUUUGAAACCUAUAAGUAUUCUGGAUUUCAAGCAACAAAUUUUGGUCUAGCUAUUGAAGAAAUUAAAAAAAUGCUUGAAGAUCGCAGUAUACCCCUAGAAAAAGAACAAGAUGAUGCUUUUGAGGAGGAUGAAUUCAUUAAAAGAAAACAUGGCUGUACAAUAUUUCUAGGAUAUACGUCGAAUAUGGUUUCUUCUGGUGUGAGAGAAAAUAUUAGAUAUCUAGUCGAACACAAAUUGGUUGACUGUAUAGUCACUACAGCAGGUGGAGUGGAGGAAGAUUUUAUCAAAUGCUUAGCUCCAACAUAUGUAGGAGAUUUUUAUUUAGAUGGUAAAUCAUUAAGAGAUAGAGGCAUUAACCGAAUCGGAAAUUUAUUAGUACCAAAUGACAAUUACUGCCUUUUUGAAGACUGGGUUACACCAAUUUUGGAUCAAAUGUUGGAAGAACAGAAAAAGGGAACGUUAUGGACUCCAUCAAAAGUUAUCACAAGAUUGGGUGAAAAAAUAAACAAUAAAGAAUCAAUUUACUACUGGGCAGCUAAAAAUAAAAUUCCAGUUUUCAGUCCAGCUCUAACUGAUGGUAGUCUUGGAGACAUGAUGUACUUUCAUUCUUUUAAAAAUCCUGGUCUUGUAAUUGACAUUAUUUCUGAUUUAAAGCGACUUAACACCAUAGCAAUGAAAGCAGUAAAAAGUGGAGUAAUCAUCAUUGGGGGUGGCGUUGUUAAACAUCACAUAUGUAAUGCUAAUUUAAUGAGAAAUGGUGCCGAUUUUGGAGUUUUCAUCAAUACAGCAUCUGAAUAUGAUGGCAGUGAUAGUGGAGCUAGACCCGACGAAGCGGUUUCUUGGGGCAAACUUAAAAAAGACUCCAAAGCUGUGAAGAUUUAUGCUGAAGCAUCUCUAGUCUUUCCAUUGAUUGUUGCGCAAACUUUUGUACCUUGGUUGGCAAAAGCAAAUCCUAUAAAGAAAACUAGUUCUACGGAAAGUUUUAAAAUUACGACUGUUUAAUUGUUAAUUUAAUAAGCAAAAUAGUUGAGUAUUUAUGAUCAAUUUGGACAAGUUUCGUUUUAAUAUAAUUUUACAUUUUUUAUUAAAAGAACUUUUAU